GAGUGAUAAAAGGAGCUCACCAACUUGUUCUUUAAUUUGGUUAAAAAACAAAGAGGGCAGAAAAACUGAAAGCAAGGGGGAGAUGAUGUCUUCAGUGAAGAAACAAGGUUGUGAGAUUCAAGCACUAGGUAUCAACUACACAAUCACCAAGCCUAAAGUAGAGAACCCUUUUAAAAUCUUCAGCAGAGAGGCAAAGCAGAGGCAUCAAACUGCUGCUGAAGAGUUAGAUGAGCUGCCAAAGGUCGGAAAUCCCCCUGAAGUUCGCCAUGUUUUGAAGGACAUAAAUUGUGAAGCAAAACCAUGGGAAAUUCUAGCCAUUGUUGGUCCUAGUGGUGCUGGAAAAUCCUCACUGUUGGAGAUUCUUGCAGGGAAACUUACACCACAAGAUGCAUCCAUUUUUGUGAACCAAAAGCCAUUUGAUAAGUCCAGGUUCAAGAAAAUCUCUGGCUAUGUGACACAGAAGGAUACAUUGUUCCCUCUCCUCACUGUCCAAGAAACGUUGAUGUUCACCGCAAAACUUCGGUUAAGGCUUCCUGAAGCAGAGCUGAAAUCCAGGGUGAAGUCACUGAUGGAAGAGUUGGGGUUAAGUCAUGUUGCUGAUGCUCGAGUUGGAGAUGAUAGAGAUAGAGGGAUAUCUGGAGGAGAAAAGCGGAGAGUUUCAAUUGGAGUUGAAGUUAUUCAUGACCCUAGUGUUUUACUUCUUGAUGAACCAACUUCAGGGCUUGAUAGCACUUCAGCUCUGCAGAUCAUUGAUAUGCUUAAGAAAAUGGCAGAAACUCGAGGAAGAACCAUAAUUCUUAGUAUUCAUCAGCCAGGUUUUAGAAUUGUGAAGUCGUUCAAUUCCAUUCUUCUUUUGGCAAAUGGCACGGUCCUGCACCAUGGCACCGUUGAUAAGCUGUCUCUGCGUCUGAGGGUAAUGGGACUAGAGCUUCCUCUUCAUGUUAACGUUGUCGAAUUUGCCAUUGACUCCAUUGAAGUUAUUCAGGAGCAUCAGGCAUUGCAGCAAGAAAUGCUGUCUCGUCAAAUUUCUCAGAAAAAGAAAGGAGGAGAUGAAGGGCAGAGUAGAAGUGGUAAGUUCACCUUACAACAAUUAUUUCAACAGUCAAAGGUGAUUGAUGGGGAAAAUUUGGAUUCUGGGAUGGAUUUUGCUAAUCAUUUUGCAAAUUCUAGAUUGAAGGAGACCCUAAUUCUUAGCCACAGAUUUUGGAAAAACAUUUGUAGGACUAAGGAGCUUUUCACUUGUCGUAGCCUACAGAUGUUGAUCUCUGGCCUAAUAUUAGGCUCAAUCUUUUAUGAUCUCAAGUACAAUUUAAUUGGUGCUGAGGAAAGAGUUGGUCUCUUUGCAUUCGUCUUAACAUUUCUCCUGUCAAGCACAACGGAAGCUCUGCCUAUAUUCUUGCAAGAAAGGGAGAUUCUGAUGAAGGAAACCUCUUGUGGAAGCUACAGAGUUUCUUCAUAUGCUAUAGCAAAUGCUCUAGUUUACUUGCCAUUUUUGCUGAUUUUAGCACUGCUUUUCAGCAUUCCUCUAUAUUGGCUGGUCGGAUUACAUCGGAGUUUCCUGGCUUUCAUGCAAUUUUUACUGUUGAUUUUGCUGAUUCUGUAUACAGCAAAUUCAGUGGUGGUUUGUUUCAGUGCCUUGGUGCCAAAUUUCAUUGUGGGAAAUUCAGUGAUUUCUGGGGUGAUGGGAUCAUUUUUCCUUUUCUCAGGAUACUUCAUAUCCAAGCAUGAGAUACCAAAUUAUUGGAUUUUCAUGCAUUAUAUAUCCUUGUUUAAGUAUCCAUUUGAAGGGUUCUUGAUCAAUGAGUUCUCUGGCUCUGGAUGCUUGGAUGUCAUGUUUGGAGCUUGUGUAGUGAGUGGUGAUGAUGUGCUCAAGGAAGUAGGUUAUGGUGAGGAAAGCAGGUGGAGGAAUAUUACCAUAAUGAUCUGCUUUAUCAUAAUUUACAGGUUCAUUUCCUAUGUCAUUCUUAGGUGCAGAUGCUCCCAGAGAGGACUCAAAGGGAUUCUCAUUUGAAGAGAAUUCAGAUAAUUAGAGUUGCAGCAGUCACUAUAACAAAAUUCUGGAUUGGACAAGGCCAAGCAACUACUUUGGUAACAUUUUACUAUGUUCCUCUGCUAAAGGUGGCCUUAACCCUUAUCUUGCUUUCCCAAGAUUCCCACUCGUGACAGCAGCAAAUAUCAUACAAACAUCAGAAGCUCAGCCACAAAUGGGUGACUUGGGGGGUGAAUACUGCCUGCUGCAAGGAUGCCAGAUGGACCAAAUCAUCUGCAAUAAACAGUUUGAUAUAUUUUGUAAAUGAAAUGCAAAAGCUGCAUGGCUCUCAUCAAUCACAAUGCAGGAUCAAGAAAAGAGAAUCAUGGGCAUUAUUGUAAUUGAAAGCUUGUUACAUUAAUUUGUUUUUAUCUAUUGUAGUAUUCUGGAUUUCAUGAAGAUAUUUUAUAU